AAGAGAAACAACAUGGCGCCUGUUGUGAAGUCACCGAAUGAUCCUCGAGAGUACCGGUAAAAUGCCUUUUCUCUACUUGUCUCUUUCUUUUACUCCGUGUUUACGCUCAACUGAUAAUUUUCUUAUAUUUAGUGGCUUGAUUUGUGUGUCUCGUAAGAAAUGCUUCAAAAGCUGUUUUAGCUCACGUGUUGUAGUUCAGAAAAUAUCCUUCUCGCGUUUGUUUAUUUGAUUGAAAUGAAGAACUUCAAUGGUGAAAUAUUAAGAGACAGUUUUCGGACUUUAACGAUUUUUUUUCUUUAGUGGAACUGAAUAUCUAAAUAUAUGAGAUUCAAAUUGAGAUUGGAAAAGGAAUAUUCCGUUUAUCAGUAAAUGCACCUGUACAAGGACAUGUCAACAAUCUGUUUAAGACCACAUGUGAUCAAUGGUUGGGAGAUUGAAGUUUUCAUGACCUUUCGAAAUAUGUGAAAUACGCAGUAAGCACCUCAUUUUAAUCUUCGUUGUUUAACUGUGCUUCAUCUCGCUUUAUCUUAAUCCAACAAUUUGAUUCAAUAUUUUGAUUUAUGAAGGUGACAUGACGAAAAAUAUCAGGCGACAUAACUCUAGUUGCGGGCGACAUAACCUUAAGCGAGAUGACCGUCAGGUGGCUUGACCAGUUACCAUUCAUGGAUGUAAAGAAAUUUUCUUUCUUGAAAGGACACAUGUCAAGCUAGGUUCAUUUUGAAUGAAAAAGAAAAAACAAAAAAUAUAUAAGGUGAAAUUGUGUGGUUUGAUCAUCCAGGUGAGUGUAGUCCUGAGAAGGACUGUUGUCAGUAAUGGUGAUUGACAUUUUGACAACCUGAGCAGAAGUCAUUAUCAGAGUCAAGUGAAUAGUUGUUGUCAGUCACCUGACUCUGAUAAUGAGUUCUGCUUAGAUUUUCAACAUGUCAGUUACCACAACUGACAACAGUCCUUCUCAGGUGUACACUUACCUGGAUGAUUAAACUACACUAUUACAUGUUACUUCCAGGUUCAAACCAUUUACCGUAAUAUAUAACAAGAUGAUCAUUGAUAUAGGUGUUUAUAUUUUGGCAAAAUAUACACAAUGUAUGUCUGGACAAACAUGCAAUACUUUGAUGUUGGCAUGCAUGUGCCAAGUUUAGGAUAUUAUCCAGUGAUGGAUAUUUUUCUUUGCUUGUGUCAUCAUUGGGUUUCAGUUAGAAAGGUAUGUAGAGUAAAUAAUGUCAUUUUUCCCUGAAAAUUGAAUCCAUACAAGCAAAUUGACAUCUUGAUUUGAUUUUAUACAAUUACAGUGUUAUCCAUCUUGACAAUGGAUUGACAGCAUUGUUAAUAUCAGAUACAAACUCAGUUACUCGUCGUCAGUAUCAUGACAGUUCCAAAUCAACAACAGAUGAAGAAGAUACUGAAAGUGAGGAUUUGGAAGGGGAGAGUUGUGAUGAUGAUGAUGAUGAUGAUGAGGUUCACGAGGAUGAUGAUGGCAUUGAUGAGGAUGAAAAUGAUGUCACUGAUUGUGGCACUAGUGUGGGUUUGGAUACAGAGGAAGAAAAUGGCAGUGAGAGAUCACGAAAAGCAAAGGACACAAAACUAGUGAGUGAAUUCUAUUUUUAUCAGUAUAUACCACACAAGUGAUUUUCACUUGCUGGUUGGCUUAUUAAAAAGUGAACUGCCAGUAGUAUUCACCUCUGAAUAGCUGAAAAGACAGAAUAAACUAAUUUUUGGUAACUGUGUUGAAUAUUACUAAAACAACUUUUCAUGUCGGUGUCGGUGAAAGUGUUAGAUAUUUACCUUGCUGCUUUGUGGAUUAGUAAAUAUCCACCACUAUACACCUCCACUUUGGUGAAUUAUUGCAGUUAAUUAUUAGAUAUUUUUACAAUGUACAUUGUGCACUUAACACACCAGCCGGGCAAGUGCAUACCUUGUAUAGGUGUUGUUCAAAAUGAUUGAAAACUAGUAUGAUGUGUAUAAAGAUUAUGGUAAUGUACAUGUACAUUUACUCACAGCAAAGUAGAAAACAAAGAACUCUGUUUCCAGGAAUAUAUCUUAAACCACAACGUGUAUACAGGGUACAAAGAAAGUUGAUUUUUCAGCUUGCCCUUUGUGUAAAUUGGAGCCUUUUUCUUCUAGCCCAAAGGCAUCUUCUCACAAGCCUCUCCUCAUGUAAAAACAGAAUUGUUAAAGCUCAACUGGAAAUUAACAGUGACUAACAUCUUAUUUCUCCUUACAAUAUCACCCCAGAAUCACAUGAGAAUAUAGGUAAUAAUCACCAUCUAAAGAAGCUCCUGAUUGUUAAACAAAUUCUCCUUGUCUGCACCUUAGGAAAUGUGUAGAGAACAGUAUAGAGAAUAUUGAUGCCGAUGUUAUGAUGUAAAGGGUUAAACUAUCCCUAGGCUAUUGGGCAGGACCUUCUUUGCAUACUGUUAUAACUAUCAAUCACAUACGGCUUUAUGUGGUAGAUAGAUAUACAUACAGAUGAUACAUAUACAUACAGCUGUCAAUUACAAAAUAAAAGAACACUCACAGACGUAGCUAAGUUGAAAAAGCUAGUUAAGAGGACUAAUCUCAGAGUCAUGGUUUUCUGAGAAAUGAGAAGUUUUAUCUUAAAUAGCAAUAUUUUAUUUCCUCAUCUUCUCAGUCUGCUGCAGCUCUUUGCAUUGGUGCUGGUAGUUUUUCUGAUCCAGAUGACAUGCCAGGAUUGGCCCACUUCCUGGAGCACAGUAAGUGUUCAAUGUUUCCUCUGUCAGUAAUUGUUAAUAGAGUGUGUAUAAUCAUUAUCACAAUCAUCAUCUUCAUCAUCAGCUGCAGUAGCAUCAGCUGCUGUAGCAUCAUCAUUCUCAUUGUCACUUAUUUUAAUCCUGAACAAAUUUAUAGGGGGACCCCCUGUCACAGUGUGUGUAGUGUGACAGGCCAUAUAUGGGCAUGUGCACCCUUUGCAUCCCUAAAUUGUUCUUUCCCUUGAAUUCAUGGCAAAUAAAGUGGAUUUCAAGAAAACUCAUUCUUGUUUUUACUAGACUCUAUUUUAUGACACCCCCCAUGGGAAGGUAUGAUCUCCUUUUUUUUGUGGUUUUGUCUUUUUCAAUAUUGAUCAAUAUUAUUUUGUUGUUGUGGUGAGUAAGGUUCUGAUCUCUGAGCAACCUUUUGGAGCUCUUCUUUCUUAUUCUGUGGAUCCAACAAUAGUGACUUUGAUGACUGUUCUUAUACUGUGAUACUUUAAAUGAAAUAAACAUUAUUCUGAUUUUUUUAAAAAUUUGCUUUCUUAGUGGUUUUCAUGGGUAGUGAAAAAUAUCCUGAUGAAAAUGCAUUUGAUGCUUUCAUAAAGAAACAUGGAGGAUCAGAUAAUGCUUCAACUGACUGUGAAAUGGUAUGUCCUGCAAAAACUGUCUGCAACAACACAAUAAUAGUAAUCAGCCUCAUUGAUAAUCUAUAAUUUUGAUGAAUCUGAGUUGGUUAUUCUCAACUGAGGGAGGAAGUGUUGAAUUUCAUUAGUGAUAAUUACAUUGUGCAGUAAUUAAGAGCAAGUGUUUAUAUUUAUUUGAUACAGUAUUUAUUUCAUUAAUUCUAAUUUCAGACCACCUUUAUCUUUGAUGUUAGGAGAAAGUACUUCAGAGAAACUUUAGACAGGUCAGCAACUAUAAAAUUUCACCUUUUUAUAGAAAUGGUUGUAUAUAUCUUUCCAGUUUGGAUAUAUUAUGCUGUUGGCUUUCAACUUACAGUAGUGCAUGAGACCAUGCAUGUAUCUUUUAAGAAUUAAGGCAAACUUAUCAGCUACAGUUUUUCUUUGAUAGAGAACCAAAUUCUCCAAAACUAUAGUCGAAGAUCUUGUAAGCAAAUUUAUAGCAGCUAGAAGACAGAGUGAAAAAUCAGAUUUCAAAUAAAGUAAAAUUUGGUAACUUGCUUGAAAAGGUUUAUGAUCAACCCUUGCAGUAAUCGUUGACAACAUACAGCUAAUUACAGUUGUUUUUCAAUAGUUGAUCCAUUAUUGAUUAACCCUAUCAUACAGGGUGCUUUUUUAAGUGCUUUCCCUAAAUCUUACAUGUUCUCAGAUAUCUAUUAAUUUCAAAAUUGAAUAUAACUUAUUUUGAUUUCAAACUGUUCACAGAUUUGCUCAGUUCUUCAUUUCUCCUCUCCUUAAAGAAGACAGUGUUGAUAGGGAAAUACAAGCUGUAGAAAGUGGUAAGAUCUUAAUCUUUUAAAUAGAUUAACACUUUCUUUUCUUGGACACAGUAUAGUAUAUCCAGUUAUAUUUCCACUAAUUGAGAGAGUAAAGCCAGGGGGAUAUUAAUAUCAUUCAUUUACCUGUACUGGUUUAGUAAAAUUAUUUCUCAGUAUAGUAUACAAAUUAUGUUUCUGUUCCUUAAUUUCACACAUACAUCAAUGUGUUGGAUCUUCCUCUUUAUGUUCUCAGAAUUUAGAAUGAGUUAUCAGAGUGAUUCUGUCAGGAAAAUGCAGCUUCUUGCUCAGCUGGCUAACCAGCAUCAUCCAUUUGGAAAAUUUCUCUGGGGUGAGUUUGACACCUAAAAAUGUUGAAAGCAUGAAAAGCUGUCCAAGCUUCCUUAUUUAGUUAUGGUUUAUUCACUUGAUUCAACGAUUCUUUACAACUCUUCUGUUAAGUCUCCCACUCACAGCUCCUAGCUUAUUUGAAAAGAACACACACAAAACAUCCCAUUGCAGCCAUGUGGAACAAGGCCAUAUAUGGACAAAAAAACACAUGCUGCAUACUUGUUUGUUUGAAUAUGUAAUAGACAAAUGAAAUCACUUAUAAAUAUAAAUAAAUUAAGACUAAUUAAUGUAUUGUAGAGUUUCCAACAAAAAGUUUAGGGGUGACAUCUAAUUCAAAGUGUUUGGAGUAGUUUUCAAUUGAGUGUUAAAAAAUCAAAACCAGUGUAAUUAUGGUGACCAGUUUGAAAACAAGGUGGACAUUAUCAGAACUCAAAGUAGAAACAGGUAAAAAUAAAACUGAGGGGGGAGGGGUGGGAGCCGGUAGAGGGGGCGAGUGACCUGUUAAUGAUAGGCUUUAGUUGAGUAUAAUUAUGAUGGGUUGAAAAGGUGGCAUGAUUUUCCUUGACCUUCAGACAGAAGGAAAGUAAGAUCAAAGCAAUUACUGAUUUUUGUGAUGCUCAAAUGAAUAUUUUUCUGGACCCUAUGUUUAUGAUAAAGCUGACAGUAUUUUUGUUGUACCACAAAACCUGUGUUACAAUUGUUAUGUUCAUAAUUUCAUUGUAUAGCUCACCAAUUUCAUCAAAAUGCAACUGGCUUUAACUCAAAAUUACAUUGUAAUUGCUAUCACAAUAGCGGUUUCAGUAAAAAACAAUGAGAAUGUGUGAUUGUUCAGCAGCAGUUUUCAUUUUAACCUUUUAAAAUCUUUCUUUUUAAUAUUAGGAAAUGAACAAACACUCAUGAAAAUUCCCAAAGAAAAGGUAAAUGAAAUCUCUCAUGGCAGUCAUUGUACCAAGCAUCUCAUUUGUUCAAUGAAUAUAUUUGGGUUGAUUUAAUGGCAAUGGAAUAGUUAUUUAUAGAUUUGAAUCAACAAAAUCAACAAUGCAAAGAGGAAAGAGGUAGUGACACUUCAGUUCUGUCAUUAAUCUAGCUAUGGCAUAGAAGAUUGAAGAAUUGUCAGUCUAGAAUGGCUAAUUCUCUGGUUAUUAAGUCUGAAGGGCUGUGAUAUUUUUAUUCAGAACUGGGGAAUAUUCCCCUAUUAUUUUGCACGUACUACCCUCCUAAGCACAUUUUUGUUGAAAAUCUUGAUGAUACCAAAUGUGGAGAGUUUACCGUUGAUUGUUGUUUUUCCUGCAAGAGUUUUUCCCUUCUAAUAUUAAGCAAAAUUAUAAAAGUGAUGUAAAUUUCAUCUGGAAAUGAUGGAGAAAAAGUCACUAGACUAUUUUUUUUAUUGAAAGCUUGUUAAUAUUAUGUUUGCAUACUAACAUUAACUUUGAACUAUCAGAAUUUAGAUGUGAAUGCUUCAUUAAGAAAUUUUCGGAAGAGAAUGUACUCUGCACAAUACAUGACACUGGCUGUAAUUUCUAGAGGUAAGACUGACAGAAGCUUUACUUCAAUUAAGUUAACCCUUUAACUCUCAAGAUUUCUUUGGUAAUUCUCCUUACUGUAUGUCUGCCAUAUAAUUCAUGUAAUGUCAGUUUGGAGAAUUUGGAAUUGGAUCAACCAAUAACCCCAAAUUGAUUUUUCUUUGUUCUCAUUACUUGUCCGCUUGAUAUUGUACUGAUAGUGUUAGGAGAAAUUCUGUCUUGGUCACUAGUGAGAAUUAAAAGGGUUAAUAGCUUUGUUGUGCUGUCAAACAUUUUGCAAUUUUUAACCUGCUUAACCCUUAAACGCUCAGAAUAUACUGUAUCAUGCAGCAAACAGGUAAUGAAAAUAUUCUAACUUAUCAGGCAGAAGUUGUUAUCUCGAUCUAAUCCCACAUUCUCAUAAUUAAUUUACAAGGAAGUGUGUUGCAAUUAGAGGUGAGAAUUAACAAUCAGAUCUUGGCACUUGAAAGGAUAAGAAAUUAACAAUAUUUGAAACCAUAAUAUUGUUACAGUGAUGAGCUGGUUAUUUUUCUACCUCUAAGUACUGUAUGUGGACUAUGCCGAGAAUGAUUUUAUUCUUCUAUACAACAACUACAUGUACAGGGAAUAAAUUAGUCUGAUCCUUGAGUAGCCUCUACAUUUAAUUAAACUGUUAUUUUUUUCUCAGAAUCUCUUGACAGCCUUGAAAAGAUGGUUAGGGAAUCAUUUUCUGAAAUCCCCAAUAAGUAUGUGACUAUUAUUAGAAAAUAGCUAUUAAUGUUGCAGUGAUAUAAAUAUAUUUGUUUAAUAUAGAGUUUGUUAAUUUACAUGAUCAUAAUAUUUUGUAUCUACCAUUUUGUUUAUUAUUUUAUAUAUUCAUUAACGAGUUGUGUACUAGACACAAAUUUUUUUUUUUUUAAACAAUCUAUUUUCUGUUUGAUAUUAUGACUAGAUCUGGCAUUUAAAAAUUGACAUACAAUCUUUGGAAAGGAACACUCAAUACAUGUACACAAUUUUUUGGGUGUCAAAUUGUUCAUUUUGAUGUGCACUAAAUAUUGCUGUUAUAUAAUGUAUCCAGUUGUACAAUAUAAUUUCUGUUUGUGAUGACUUUUUCAUCCAAGUUCAGCAUCAAGUUAUCCUUGCCUCAGUUGUGCUUUUUCCUGUUUGUUUACAAGUUACCAUAAAAUAGACUGACUGUGGUAAAUUAAAACUAAAAAACGAAACAAAACACACAAGAUAGACUGACAAUAGUAAAUUAAUUAACCCUUUAACCCCUAAGAGUGAUUGACAACUAAUUUCUCCUUACAAUAUCAUCCUUGAAUCAAACAUUAAGGUCACAAGAAAACAGGAAUUGAUCACCAACUAAAGAAGCUCUUGAUUGUUAAACAAAUUCACCUUGACAGCACCUUUUGAAAUGUAUGGUGAACAUUAUGGAGAAUAUGCUUACUGAUGUUAGGGUGUAAAGGGUUUUUAAAAAAAAAAACCACACACACACACACAACUAUAAUUCAAAUGGGACUAUUGAAUUACUACAGGUGUAUAAAGCAAGAUGCCACUUUCUAAAUAGCAUAUUAAUCAUAAUUUUGUAAUUUUGUUUUAAGCUCACUGCCAAAGCCAACAUUUCAAGAGUAUACAGUAAGUAUAUGAUUUGGUAUAGUGCAUGAUUAUAGACAGUGCGACUCAUUUUCCAUGUUUUGCUUGUUCUCAAACUAUUGUAGCAUGUUACACGAGGACAUAUCUUACUGCAGUUUAAAGGAGACUACAAUUUUGGUCAGUAUGUGUACCUAGCCAUGUGAGAGUACCUUCAGCUGACUUGGUGGAGAGAAAUAUCUUUUAGCUUUAGUAAAUCAUGCAGUUUUACACUGUGUACUGUAGCAUUGUAGCAUGAUAUUUAUAUAUAGUAAGUUACAUUCAUCUUUCUCAUUCAUAUUUUUUGUUUAUUUGAUAGACCCCAUUUGAUGCAUCCAAAUUUCAUAAACUAUACAAAGGUAAGGUUUAUAAACAAAUGUAUCACCUGCACUACUUGAGGAGUGGUGUGGCUGAGAGGUUAGGGCACUGGUCUUGUAAUCUGUUGGCCACAGGUUCAAGCCCUCCACCUUGCUUCUCACUGGAUUUGUUCUCAGUCGUCUAGAAAUCAACUCCUGGGCUGCGCUGUGUAAAUAGUCAGGUGGCCUGCUUCUUGCUAGUUAGGAUUUUCAAGCACCUUAUAUUUUAAUUAAUUAGUAAUAUUUGUUUCUCUUUCUUUCUCAUUGCAAAGCACUUAGAGGCUUGCAAUUAGCACUAUAUAAAUUAUAAAUUUAUUAAUUUAUUUAUAUAUUUACUACUGGUAGCCUAUUGCUAGCCUAUUGCCAAACCAACCAUGAGGAAAGGGAAAGAAUUUGUAACUAGUAAUUUUUGUUCCUCCAAGACACUGGAGAAGAACCUACUUGUCUUACGUGUUAAAUAUUCAAAGUGAGACAACUCCUCAUCAGUCACUAUUCUUCUCAAUCAUCUAUAACAACUUGUAUUUAGUGUGAUUUUAUUUAUGUUAAGUUUACUUCUUUAUGUAAAGAUUGCUUUAAAUUUUCAAUGUAUAACUAUAAAUUUUAAGCCAAAAUUUACAAUAUUUAAGAUAGACAUCUAUUAUGAUUACUAAUGACUGACUUUCACUUUGUAGUGGUUCCAGUCAAGGAUGUGCAUCAGCUUGAAAUCACUUGGGUUCUACCCCCACAACAGAAGUAUUACAGGUAUGAUACAACUUAGAGUGAAAAUUUGUGCCAGGAGACUUGGAGAAGGUUGGGGGGGGGGGAAUACUGGGAGAGAAGGAGAUUACCUUUGAUGUACUUUAUCUCAUCCUAGAGGAGUGAUAAUACAUACUGUACUACUGUACUUGACAAUGUGCUUCUGUAAUAUAAUAAAUGGAGGAAAUCAUCUUGCUUGAAAUCUUAAAAAACAACAGCACAAAUUUUGAUUACAAUUAUUUGAUUUACCAGUAGUUGCCAAUAUUACGUGACUGAGCAGGAUCUUUGAACUGGAACCAUUUAAUAGUAGUUUAAAAUUCUUGUGUGCUUACUUUGCUGUAGAAUCAAGCCCAUUCAUUAUAUCUCGUGGUUAAUGGGACAUGAGGGGCCUGGUAGCAUUUUAUCACUGCUGAUAAAAAAGUGAGAGAACUAACUGUAACUGUGUAAUUUUUUGUUCCAAUUACAUGCUUAGAUGUGAAUCAUUUGAAUUUAUUUUUCACUAUGAAUGAACUAUGAAUUAGUUCUGAAAAUCAGACACAGUAGGUAAUGAGUUUUAUUGUGUUUGGAAAUGUUAUUGACACUGUCUCAAGAGUAUGACAUAUUCUUUAAUUUAUCAAACCUUUAAUGAUAUGGUUCAUGCACAAAUACUAUAAGCAAUUUCAGAUUAUAACAUAGGUAAUAAAUUUGUCUAAUCAAAUUCAAUUGUGCAGGCAUGCUUCAUAUUCCUAUUGUGCAUGCUCAUGACGUCAGCAAACAAAUCCCUCGGGAAAAAAUAUUUUCCAUCAGGUUGAAAAUGUUAUAAAACAAUUGGUUCAUACAUCAUCAGUGCAUUCAUUGACAUAUGAAGCACUCGGGAAGUUUGGAGAGCACUCAAGAAGCUAGAGUUGCUCCUGGCUAUGCCUCGAGCAACUCUUACGCAUCUUUUGUGCUCUCCAAACUUCCCACGUGCUUCAUAUCUCAAUGAACGCAUGCUGAAGUGUGAACCAAUUGUUAAUUACUAGACUUCAAUGUAAGCUAUUUCCUUUUAAUUCUGAUCUAGUUAAACUUUAUAAUUUAAUUCAUUUUUUUUUCCUUAGAUCUUGGGCUUCUAGUUUACUGUGUGGUAAUGGAGAGUCUGGUCAAGAAUAUAACACUAGUUUUGCAUUAUUCCCAUGUUUGAUUAGUCUAACAGUGAGUAUUCCAAGAUGUACCCCACUCAUGCCUGAUAAAAAAUAAUAAUAUGAUUUUUUUCCAAACAUAGUACAGAACUGUUGAUUGCAAUCUAAUUGAUUGUGUUUGAUAAUUUCAGGAUGAGGGAAUGGAGCAUAUUUAUGAGGUAAUGUUGUUCUGCCAUGUAAAAAGACAAAUGUCACCCAUAAUUUAAAAAAAAGAGGUAAUUCCAAGGUCUCUACAUGUACUCAUGAACACUAUGCUACCAAAUUAAAGUGCACCAACCCUUUGACUCCAUGAAAGUGGCUACAAUAGCAUCUAAUUUCUCCUUACAAUAUCACCCAUGAAUCACACAUUACAAUCAUGAGAAGAAAGGAAAUGAUCACCUACUAAGGAAACUCUUGAUUUAAAAAAGAAUCUCCUUUUCAGCACCUUAGGAUGUGUAUAGAGAACAGUAUGGAGAAUAUACUUACUGAUGUUAGAGUGUAAAGUGUUAAUACAGCUGUAUAUGCAUAAAUUAUUGUAGUCUCGUUCCUGUUUUAUUUCACAGCCUGUACAUACAUGUGAGUAGUUGAUAAUUCAGCACAGCAUGAAAUUCAAUGAAGUUUGUUUUCUUCUAGAUUUUGACAAUUGUGUUUCAAUAUGUGGAUAUGUUGAGAAAAAAGGGUCCACAGGAAAGGUUUGUAUGAUCAAACAUAAUUAUGCAUCACUUAAUCGCAGGUCAUUAAUGAUAUUCCUUUAUUACAAAAUCUCCCUACAUGUGUCUGUUGUCAUAAAAUCUAAUAGAUUAUUUUAAUUUCCUGGAAAUCUAUUUGAGACUAUCCUUUUGGUACAUGAUUUUGCAUUCAUGUGGCUUCAUUAUGUAUGUUAACUUUAAUCCAUUUAAUUCUCCCCGUAGGAUAUAUAAGGAGCUUCAGACAAUUGAAAAUAAUGAGUUCAGAUUUCAAGAACAGGUAUAGUAUAUAUUAAGAGUUGGGUGGCUAUCAGCAUAAGGCCACUGCAUUUCUCAUUCAGUAGUUUUAAGUAGGUUAUUAGCUGACAUUUUUGCAAUCAACAAUUUUCUAGUGUGAGCCAUAUGACUAUGUUGAAGAUCUUGUAGAGAACAUGCAGGUUAGAAAUCAUUCCUGUACUAUAAUGGAACUCCAAGUUUUUUUUACAUAAAAAACAAUGUUUGUCACAAGAAUUGCUUCCAGAUGUGAGUCGAAUGUAUGUUUCUUAUGACUAUAUGUAUAUGUUUUACAGUUGUUUCCAGAAGAAGAUUAUUUAACAGGAGAUCAACUGAUGUGGGAGUUCAAUGAAGAGGUAAAAUGCACCACACAUUCUUUAUUUUGUGAUGAAACAAUAAGUGUAAAAUGUUUUAAUGCAUUUGACUGGCCUAUGAGGCAUACCUAAGUUUCAUUGAUGCCUGCAGACUCAACCUAGAUAUUAAUUUUAAUUCUUGUUGCUGCUCUAUUUUAUUCCUGAAGGUUAUUCAGGAUGUCCAAGACAGGCUUACACCUGAAAAAGCCAAUAUACUGCUCCUAUCAAAGAGGUUCCAAGAUGAGUGCACAGAUUAUGAGCCUUGGUUCCAGACUCCCUAUAACUGUUCUGGUUUGUGAAAAUUACCCUUUUGGACAAAAUGUUUACUUUAUCCUGAGAAAACCAUUGGUGUUCCAGUGAUUAUAACAUUUUUGUUGUUAGAUUUGGUGAUGGUGCAAAUGAGUUGUUGAUAAUUAUGGUUGUCAGCUGGAUCUUCAUUUGACAUCAUAUCUCUUACAUUCCAGAUAUUGAUCCGGAGUGGGUUGAAAGCUGGAAAAGUUAGUGCAUAGUCUCAUCACAGUUAUCAAAUUGUUUGUUAGCUUUUUUCUCGUCAUGCAAAUGUGGUUAAACUUGAAACUCCCAAGAUCUAGUUGUUAAUGCUCCCCUCUUGCUGCUACAGGUUUCGUUGUAUGUGAUUUAUGAGAAUUUGGUGUAAGAUCAAGAUAACAACUCCUACCCAAUAAGUUUGAGUAUUCUCAUUACCUGUUUGCAGAGUUAUGCUUGGAUUUUUUAGGGAGAAGUUACAUUUAAUCAAUUCUGGGAGUUAAGGGUUAAUGUGUUGCUUAUUGCUAUGAGAAUAUUGAAUAAUGGGAGAAAAAUUUCUUUACUUGCAUAUUUGUAUAUCAUCUGCUGGUCAAAAUAAUAUUUAUUUCAUUUAAUUGUGUCAUUGUUUAUGAUGCAUAUCACUUCAAUUCAAUGUCUGUUUUUAGAUCUUGAAUUAAACCCAGAGCUUCAUUUCCCAGAAGAGAAUAAAUUCAUUGGUGAGUAUAUAUGUUAUUUAAACCAAGAAGGUUUUGCAAUGGUUGCAUGGAACUAGAUAGUGUGUAAAUGAUUGCUCUCAAGUUUCUAAGUUACAUUACCUUGAGAUAUCUAAGGUCUAAAGUAGGUAUAAAAGUAUAAAGUAUUUCCCCUGAGUAUGUGCAACCUGUUUUUAUGGGAACUGUUUUAAAAUGAUGAGGCUGUAAAGUGAUAACCUUGAGUAUACAGUGUGUUACCUUGGGAACUCCAAGGUCUAACUCCUAGGGCAAGAGAGAUAGCACCCCGGCCUUAGUACAAUUCUACCACUGAAAAGGUUUUACUACAGUAAGAGGGUAUAUGAUUGCUUUUAUACUGGGAGAGUAUACAAUAUGUUACCUUGGGAUGUCUAUGGCGUAGUCAGUAGGGUAAACAAAAUAACAUCAAUGAGUAUCUGUAUCUUGGAUGCUUCUUUAUGGCUCUCAGAAGGAAUGAAUUCUAUUAUACCUUCCCAUACUUUCCUCUCACCGUCAGUGUUUCGAAUCCAGCCCUUGUAACAAAGAAAAAUUGGUUCUUGAUCGCUGUUUACAAUUGAUUAAUGGAACACUCAAUGUUUUUUGUUUUUUUUUCCAACAGCGACUGAUUUUGAAAUCAAAGAUCUUGAUAGGGCACCAAGCGAGGUAACCCUAAUGAAUUAUAAACUUACUGUAACGGAAAAUUAUUGCAUCUCUCGUCACUCUACCAAAAUGCUGGCAAGGGUUAAACUUUCUUCGACAGAAGAUGGUCCAUAAGUCUGUACCAAUUCAGAAUCUCGGUAACCCUGAAACGAAAUUCUUCUUAUUUCACGCCCGUACUUCUAUCUUCCUUGUAGUUCCCUGAACUGGUUCAUGAUUGCCAUCUCGGAAAAGUCUGGCACUCAAAGGAUACGAAAUUCAAAACACCUCGAGGUGAGUAAAUACAUCUUUUUCACUUUCAACUUUAUUAUAGACACGCGUCCAUUCCCUUUCCCUAACGGUUUUCCAUGCGUCAGCGCUCGACUCUGCGACUGCUCUGGUAGUCAUGGCAAGAAAAAAAAAACAAAUUGGCGACGAAAUUUAUUGUGAAACUCGUGAUAAAGUUUUCAUUCUUUCGUCUUCUUGUUUCCAGCCAGGUUUUAUUUCCAUCUCAUGUCGCCGCUAGUAAAUGCCAGCCCUGAGAGGUGAGAUGUAAGAGGUUGGCGUUUUUAUCGAGUAAAACAUAAACUGACACAGAGUCCAGUCGGUUGACUAUAGCUAAUGUUUGUUUUUUACCCUUUCUGUAUUUAUUAGUCCGUCACAACAAAAGCUAUUCGCAAUUUAGUCAACGCGAUUUAUAAAUACAUUACAUCACCUUGGCUUCACGAGAAAAACAAGAAAGACUGACGAUCAACUUGAGUGAAUAUCAUACAGCUUACUACAGUAGCACACACAAAUGAAGACUGUUCAGCACCACAUCUCUAUAAGCUGUUUAGUUGGCCAUAUGCGUCCAUCCAAACCUAUGUGCGGUGUUCUUGACUGCUUGUUCGUUUGUUUUGUUGCUCACUUAUUCCAGAUGUUGUUGUCAAAACGAUAAGGAAGGUAACCUUGCUUGUUUCUUUUACGUAAAGUACAAAAAGGAGCGCAGAUUUUGAGGGUAUUUCUGGGAAACCCUUUUCCUUCGGUUUUUUUUUUCUUUUCAAUAAAACCGCACUAACUAUAAGUCACGUUAAAACUAGUAAAUAGAAGAACUGUUGGUUCAACUCUUAUUUUACUGCUUUAUAGCAUGGUUCUUUCUGACGUUUUCUUGAGUGUGCUGGAAUACAACUUGAAAGAAAUCGCUUACGCUGCCGAUGUAGCCCAGUUAGGGUAAGCACCUGUUGUGACCUGAUUGAUAUUUAAUUUCCCCCAAUAUACGAACUACCCUAGCUACACAAGACCAGAAAACCGUAAAAUAGCGACCACACCUUAAUAACCCUACACCUCGUCAGAAAAAAGGCCGCUAAUUAGUGAUCAUAUAAAAGGACCUCUUGUUGCAGUGUUUAGAUCACCCCUGAUGAAGGCACUAGACAGGAGUGUCGAAACGUUGGGUCUAUGAAUUGUAACUUCUUCGGUUACAUUCAUUGAAUCUGCAAACCAGAGUAGCAUCAAACUAUACCUGGUCAAGUGUUUGGAUUGUUUGUUCGUUAAAUGCAAGGAAUGGUACUUGACUUAAACUGUGAGAUUAUGAUAGAGCGCUUUUCGAUUGAGUGUCGUAAAAGCGAAAUCAGAGUAAUCACAACUAUCAAUCACAUGAAAGGAAAAUUCUUUUAAAAAUUCGGGCAAUGAGGACUCACAGUAAAGACGACUGAACUGCCUAAAGCGCGGGAAAACGCGGGUGACCAAGUCGUGCUUGGAUGUAGUUUUGCAUCUGAUUGGUUGAGAAAGUGGCACGAGGUUUCUGCGCCAAUCACAGAGCAAAGUAAAGCAAAAACAGAGCAAUCCAAGAUUACUUUCGAAAUUGUUGUAGUAGGAGAGCGCUUGUUUGUGAAGAUGGUUGGUAAUCUUCCUUGGUAAUUAAACGUCAUUUCACAAAUUGCGUCGUCAGUUCUUUACUUUUAUAUUAUAAAUUCUUGAAACUGUGUUUUUUCCUAGUUACUCCAUGACAGUCAAUGAAACAGGGAUUGUUCUGAAACUAGAAGGAUUCAGUCACAAGUUACCAGUAAGUUUUGAAUCGCUGUUGGUAGUGUCACCACUAACCUUAACCAAUCACUUACACUCCGGUUUUCCUGUGCGUCUAUUUUACAGUUCUUCUUGAUGGCUAUCUUGAAAGAACUGCAUCAAGGCUUGUUUCUUGAAAAGUUUACCAUAAAUCUUUCACGUUCGUGAUGUGCAAUCCGGGUUAACCUUUUAACUCUUAGAAGUGAUUAACAUGUGACUUCUGCCUAUAUUUUUCUUAUACUAUCCAGCAAACAGGAUAGAGGAAUACUCAAAGUUAUCAAAUGGAGUCUGUAAUCUUGAUCUAACUCUAAAUUCUCAUAGGAAAUGCAAAGAGAACAGUAUGGAGAAUAUGCAUACUGAUGAAGGGCGUAGAGGGUUAAUAUCAGUUUCUAAAGAAUCAGUCAAUAACACUUCUAACUGUCUUUCUUUUGUUUCUCCCCAGCUGUUGUUCGAAACAAUAAUUGAUCGCAUAGCAGAUUUUUCUGUCAGCAUUCAGACGUUUGAAAUGGUAAAGGUAAGAACUUCGUUAGUAAUAGCCACUUAGUGACGUCUCGUCUAGAAAACCGAACCAGAACAUCAACUUUUAGCAGUAGGUGUUGGGCUUUUUCCACUCAAUGAUGCUAAGUUUUUCCCCAUUAUGACUUUACAACUGAGUGACUACUUAUUACUGGAAGUCUUAGUAACUUUAGUAAUGAUUAACAAUUUGGUAAGGUUAUUUUCUAUUUGCGUUCACUGAAAGUGUUUUUUUCCGCAACCAAUCCUGUGUAGAGCUGAAGAAAAUGGUAGCAGAAAAGAAAAGAAAAACAUUCGACCUUUUUACAGUAUUCAAAGUUGAAAUGAAAAUUUGCACCUUCAAAUAUUGUUUAACAGCUAGUCAUUAGUGCCUUUAACCAUUGUGUCCUUCCGGUAAAGGCUUUUUAGAGUAAAGAUGAACAUUUUUCUCGAGAUUACGAGAUCGAUGGCUGUUGUCUAAAGUUCAUUAACAAAAUCGGUGUUAACAGGAAGAGAUAAGGUGUUCUUUUUUUAUUGACAGCGAAAGCUGAUGAGAUCCUAUCGCAACAGUAUCAUCAAACCACAGAAGCUCGUCAGGUACAUAGUGACCAUUUAAUACUUCACUGACCGAGGGGAGCUUGGCUUAGGCUCUGUGUGGUUCUGUCUAUAUAGUCAUUCAAAAUCGUCUGGAGGAGGGGGGGGGGGGAAUUUGGAGGAUUUUGUUUGCGUCACAGAAAAAUUUACCUGAUCCCCUUAAUGCUCUGUAGUAUUCAAAUAUUUUCCCCCUCCCCCCAUUGGUAGUCAAUUUCCCAUAGCCCCCCCUUCCCCUUUAUACUCUGUAUGCGACGACUGAUCCCCCUUUGUUCCCCCCGAAACCAUGUGAUUCCCCCAAGAAUCGUCCGACCCUUCCCCCUCCGCCCCUUAGGUGAUGAAUAAUGACUGCUCCCUAAGUAAUGUUGUACUACUGGAUAUUUGAAAAGACAAUCAUAGACAAAAGUGAAAAGCAUUUGUUACAACCAAUCAUUGUUUGAUAGGUCAGUCCGCUUGUCAAUCUUACAGCACGUUAAGUGGACAACUGUAGACAAACGGAGGGUCGUCCCAAAUGUUACGAUAGAAAAACUUCAGGUAUGUGUUCAUAUGAAGAUUUGACUUCUCUCUAAAGAUGUCAUUGACUAUGGCUGAAGGUAAUUACAUUCUGUUGGAGGGGGUUUGUGUUGCUGUCUUUGGGAGAACUUGAUUGCUGACUCUUUAUCGUUUUUUGUUUUGUUUUGUUUUUUGCAGCACUUUGUAUCCUGUUUCAAUUCCGAGUUGUUCGUGGAGAGCCUAAUUCAAGGAAACAUAACCUCACAGGUAUGCAAACACAGAUUUCAUUAUUACUUGGGUGAUUAAACUAAUCGGUUCACUUUCUUAUAGAGUGUUACAGUAAAGAUAAGUUUACUCUUUCUUGUAGGAAGCCAUCUCUUUACAAGAACAGCUUUAUAGGUACGUAACUAUGCAGUUUACAGAUUUUUCUCUUCUCCAAACUGAUACUAAUUUUUUGCAAAUUUAAAGUGGCUCUGAGCUUCUAGUACUCAAUUCAAACUCCACAUUUACUUGUGUUGUGAUAAUUUGGUGCAGUUUAUAUGUAGGGGGAUAAAAUUCACGGCACGAAUGAGUCAAGCUAUAAUGCAAUUGGACACUAGUGACCGUUCUUGGAUUUUGGACCUAAGUGGCCGAUUUUGGAUUUUGGACCCUAGUGGCAGUUUUUGGGUUUAGCAUCCUAGUGGCCGUUUUUGGAUUUUGGACCCUAGUGGCCGUUUUUGGGUUUUGGACCCUAGUAGCCGCUUUUGGAUUUUGGACCCUAGUGGAAGUUUUUGGGUUUUGGACCCUAGUGGCCGAUUUUUGAUUUUGUACCCUAGUGGCAGUUCUUGGGUUUAGCAUCCUAGUGCCAGUUUUUUUAUUUUGGACCCUAGUGACCGUUUUUGGGUUUUGGACCCUAGUAGCCGAUUUUGGAUUUUGGACACUAGUGGCCACCAGACCACAACACUGGGAUCUACGUUCCCUACUCAUUGCUAGAAGUGCAUGGGUUCUUCAAUGUCCCCUGUUAACCAGUACAGACAGUCAUAGCGAAGGCAGCACAUUCUCGUUAGUUAUUUUAAGACCCGAAGUGUUGGUCUGGUCUAGAGCAUGAACUCUCGACCUUCCGCACGGCAGUAUGACGCUUUACAACAUGAACUGAUCAGGCAGCGGUUGUGUAGGAUAUUUGGGAUGCUGAAGGUUUUCUGUUUUGCGUGUGUAUACAAAUCUUCUGCAACACUACCUUCGGCUAUCGUCAUCAUACAACCACUACUUCUUUUCAAUGCUAUGAAGAUUGUGCUUUAUCGGUAGACACAUGCAGUCUUAGAAUGCUUCUUUCUAUUACCUUAUCCGUGAUGUUGUUUCUAUUUACAGUAAACUGCAGUUUAUGCCAUUAAUGAAAAGUCUUCACCCCGAGGUAAGAAAACGUUCGAAUGAACUGUGAAUCUAUGAAUUGAAAGGAAAACUCGCGCCAACCCCUCAACCAAUCAGAUGCAAAACGUAACUACAAUCGUGACCUUUGUACUCACGUUUUCCCACUUUUCGGGCAGUUUAUAUGUUGCUUUGAAUUCUUAGUAGCCCCUUGGGUGACUUUGUGUACAACACUCAUUUGAAAUGCGCCAUAAAGAAUCGUUAGUAUAGUAAGUUUUAGCAGUAAAUAUGUUAUUGGUGUAGUCUGAUGAAGUACGUUGAUCCUUUAAGGACUGUUGUCAGUAGUAGCGACUGAUGUUUUGACAACCUGAGCGGAAGUCAUUAUCAGAUGACUCAGGUUGUCGAAAAGUUAGUCACUACUACCGACAACAUUCCUUUCAGGCUGAGAUUAACGCACUUUCACCCAGACGAUGAGAGUACGCGAUCACUGUUACUCCAAGGUUCAAACUGUUCAUGUUGUUAUCUGUUUAUUAGAUCCGAGUUAUGCAGUUACCUGAAGGUGAAUGCAUCUGCCGUGUGAUAGGAUUUAACAAAGAAGAUGACAACACAGUUGUUACAAACUACUAUCAGGUAAAAGCGAAAUAAAUCGUCAAGUCUUUUGCAAGUCUCUCUUUGUCUUACUGUGUAGUUGAGUAACACGGUCUUGUGCGUCGACCAAUAUAUUAUUUUAACGCCAAAGGAACAUCUUUUAAUGUUUUCUCUUCCUAUUCAAACGUAGAAAUAGCAGUGUAGUGAGGUUUCGAUGACUUCGCGAUCAGAACGUGGAGAAUAUCUGUAUUUUGAUGUAAAACGAUGCGACGUUUUUCUCGUCCUGCUCAAACGUUUUACACUUACUUAUCAAUUUUAUAAUUCCUCUUCAGUCUGGUCCCGCAACUGUUGAAGAAUUUACCAUAAUGAACCUUUUGCUGGUAUGGAUGGACCGUGCUACAUUUGUUCGUUUGUUUACUUUAAUUAAGAACGGAUUAACUUGUCUACACGAGAAUCAGUUUUAUGAGAAUCAUGAAUUACUAUUUGGUAUGUUAAAACAUGUAGUCUUUUGUCUUGAAUUUAUGUAUAAAUUCUUCUUCUGUUAAGUUGAUUAUUUUCAUUUUAGAUGCAAAUGGAGGAGCCAUGCUUCGAUAUACUUCGCACCCAAGAACAACUUGGGUAAGAUUUGUUUGCUUGUUAGUGUGGUUAUCAUGACUUUUUAGCUUGAAGCGAGUAUCAAGACUCCCUUGGAGAUGAAUACCAGUCAAGUGCAGAUCAACUUCUCUCUUCCUCCUUCCCGCUCAGCAUUUCGUCAAGUUCCCUGUCAGUUCACGAGAACCUAAUUCUUCUCUUGAGUGAAGAAAAGUAUUUUAUGGGUUGAGUGCCUCCUCCCCGCCUAGCAUUUCGUCAAGUUCCCUGUCAGUUCACCAGACCCUAAUUCUUUUCUUGAGUGAAGAAAGGCAUUUUGUGGGUUGAGUGCCAUAUCCAGGACUAAUGACCCGGCCAAGGCCCGAACCCAAAUGGGUAAAUCUGCCUCCUCUCCCCCCUCUCCCUCCUCUCCCCCCUCCCGCAAACCUUUAGGCCCCCACGUCCCUCCCUUAGUUUUGGAUGAUAGAGUUGGCUUCUAACAAGCAAAUAUUUUAGUUUUUUUUCUUUAUAUCACUGCUAAGUCUAUUUGUUCGUUUCUCGCCAGGUACUCUGUGUUCUGUUCUUGUAGAAACACAUUCGGAGUUCUCGGAUUUUCAGUCACCAUCCAAACACAAGCUGGAAAAUUCAGGUAUUUGUUUUUAUUUUCGUCGUGUUCCUGCAUUCAUACGGUUGAAUCUAAAACGAUAGUGCAGAGAGUGCGGUUAGAGGGAGAGAUAUUUAAACUAGAAAUCCUCCACAAGUGAUCAGGUAAACAAGAUAGAUUGGUCUCUUCCAGAUUCUACUCUGCACGGAAAUCUUUGACUUUGUCAGUUAUUUGAUUCUUUCAACGUUGUUACCUUUCUCUAUUUUAACUUUACUUCGUGGUUGGUUUUUCAGUGCAGAACAUGUCGAUAGUAGAAUUGAUGCAUUUCUAGAUGAGUUUGGUGAAAUUUUGUGUUCUCUAACAGACAAAGACUUCAAGAGCCAGGUAUGUAUAUUUUUCUUUUUGCUGUUUUGAAGCGUCUUUUCAGUAAGACAUAAUGUUUAAAAGAGUUGCGCACUUUAUUUCACUUUUACUUUACUUUUUGAAUCCGACUGGACAAAAACGCAGCAUCUUCAUUCUACUCGGCUGUAAGUUCGUGAAAAAUCGUCCACGUCGCUCCCUAUUUGAAUGUGAUUGGACAAAAUCUAAGCAUCGUAAUUCUCUUUUUCUUUGCGGGAAACUCAAUAUCACUUUGUCGUAAAAUCGCGUUACUUUGUUUUGGUUGUCAGGUGGAUUCACUUAUCGAACUGAAGGAACACGAGGAUCUUAGUCUGGCAGAUGAAGCUGACAGAAACUGGGUGGAAGUCAUAGAUCAGACGUACAUCUUUAAUAGGAAACGACGUGAAGUAAGUAAAAUACAAUCGUCUUCGGCGAUAUUUUCUUUAUUCUUUUAGAUGAAAGAAUGAAGUGUCACUCUUCAUUUUUUACUAGGUUGAAAUUUUAAAGAAUCUUUCCAAAGAAGAACUUUAUCAUUGGUUCUCAUCACACAGAAAAAAUGGUAAUAAAUACAAGAAGCUAAGCGUUCAGGUAAAUAUUAUUUAGCUUUUACGCAAUGAUUAGGUAUUUCUUCCGCACUAGUCAUUCAUUUAGCUAUGAGAAAAAAGGAUAAUGUUGCAUUCAGCCUUUUGUUUCUGAGCACCCCGUCAUGACACUUUUACCCGGCUAGUUGUACAGGCUCGGUUACUAAGAUUUGAUUUUUCAAAUUUCCCAUAGAUCAUUGGGUCAGGUCAGUGCGAGGCGCACACAUGCUCAGAUAGCCAUGUAGACGCGGAUAGCGGCCUGGGUAACGAUGAAGAUUGGCAAAUACGGCCACUGACGGUGGACACCUCCGGCACUGCAGUCUUCUGUGUUAAAAACAUUUCAGAUUUCAAAAGGACGAGAGCUGUUUACCCUGUCGUGAAAAUUGAGUGAAGAAAACAGGGCCGUGGGAAUGGGCAACAGGAUAGGAAAAAAUAGUGGAAAUCUCGCUGAGAUGAAUUAAGAUAAUCAAGCAGGAAAAAAGGGUCCAAAAAAUUUUUUUUCUGCGACCAUACAACUGAGUCGGGCUGAACAUGGUCACGCUAUUGUCUGCUGUCGAGAGAAUGCGUGAUUUUAGUUAGGACUCUUUACAGCCUUCUUUGCGCGAUGGCGUAGGGCAUCACUAGCAAACAUUAAGCAACACCCACAAGGAAGAAUAGAAUAACUAUCGUCAGUUAUUUAAACAGUUUUAAAACGAGUGUAGUAAACUCCCGGAAUUUACAUAAAUAUACUUAACCCCUUACUUCCCAGUGAGUGACCAAGAAAGAAUUUCUCCUUACAAAAUCAAUACAAUAUCAUGCUUAGAAGUGACGAAAAUAAAGUAAAAUAUCAAAUAGGGGAUUUUCAGUUGAUCCAAUAUCAAAUUCUCCAAAUUGACAUUAUAAGAAUUGUUUGUUAGACAGUACGGAGAAUUACUAAUGAGAUCUUGGUAGUUCAAAUUCGUAUUAUCUUUACCCUGCAAAAAGAACAACUUUAUUGAAAGAUAAAUGCAAAGUAAGUUGAAACGACUUAA